AUGCAGGUGAUCAACCAGCAGUUCUGCAGCUACAAGGUCAAGACGGUCACGCAGAACUUCUGUCGCAACGAGUACAACCUCACCGGUUUCUGUUCGCGCCAGUCAUGCCCGCUCGCCAACUCCCGCUAUGCGACUGUUCGAGAGAAGGAGGGCGUCCUCUACCUCUACGUGAAGACCAUUGAGCGUGCGCACUCCCCCGCCAACAUGUGGGAGCGCAUCAAGCUCUCGUCCAACUACACCAAGGCGCUCGAGCAGAUCGACAAGGAGCUCAUCUACUGGCCCAACUUCAUCACGCACAAGUGCAAGCAGCGUCUCACCAAGAUUACGCAGUACCUCAUCAAGAUGCGCAGACUCUCCAUGACCCAGCAGCCGAAGCUCGUCGGUAUCAAGAAGAAGCUCGAGCGACGUGAAGCCACGCGUGAGCGCAAGGCGCUUGCGGCGGCCAAGCUGGAGAAGAGCAUCGAGGCGGAGCUUCUCGAGCGUCUGCGAUCGAAGGCGUACGGCGAUGCGCCGCUGAACGUGAACGAGGACGUGUGGCGCCAAGUGCUCGAGAUGGACAAGGGCAAGGGCAAGCUGGAGGACAUGGAGGAGGACGACUCGCUGCUGGACGAGGAGGAGUGGGAGGGAGGCGAGCGCGAGUUUGUCGAGGACGACGAGUCGGACGACGACAUCGAGGACUACUCUGGAUCCGAGUUCGACGAGUUCGACUCCGAGGCCGAGUCCGACGACGACGAGGGACAGGAGUUCCCGUCCGAUCUCGAGGUGUCGGACGAGGAAGACGAGGAGGACGACGACGAGGAGGACGGAGAGGGCGACGAGGGAGCAGAGGCCAAGAAGCCCGCACCCAAGCCACCAAAGAAGCCGGAAGCUGGCGCCAAGCGGAAGGCGACCAAGGACCCGAAACGCGCCAACAAGAGGCGGCCCCACGUCAACGUCGAGUACGAGAUGGAGACCGAGCCCCUGUCCCGCGAGAUGCUCAACAACUGGUAG